AUGGCAGCACUCCUAUCCACAUCGGCGUUGAGACGCAGGCUGAGGACGGCCAUCGACAACGACUCGCCCGGGAGGCGGCUAUGGAGUUGGAGCGGGCCGAGUCAGGAGGCGGAAGAACAGGUUGCCAAGGCUGCGGCCUCGCUACUCUCGUGGGAGGAAUUACCGGAGUGGCAACAAUGUGGGAGCGAUCAUAUCAAGACUGGAUAUCGACCAGCUUGUGGCUCCGUGGCACGCUGUUUCGCGAGUUGGACCUAUGCGCACAAUGAGUCGGUCAACAUCUACUCUCAUGUAAUAGGGGCCAUCAUCUUCGUUCUGCUGCCAUUCUACGUCUUCAGCGAUGGAAUACCAGCCAGAUGGAGCAUCGCCUCAACCGCAGACGUGGUCGUCUGCACGGCCUACGCCAUCGGGGUAACCACAUGUUUCGUCCUUUCCACGGCUAAAGACAUCUACCUCUCCGGUAUCAAAGCUGACUUCCACGGCGUCCUCGCCCUAAUGUGGUCCUCCGUCUUCCCCCUAGCGCAUAACGUGUUCCCCUGCUCGCCCGCAACGCGGGACGCUUACGUCGGUCUGACGGGCCUGCUGGCCGCCCUCUGCGCCGCGGCGACGGCGAGGCCGGAUCUGGGCGCCGUGGACUUGGGACACCACCGCGCCGUGUUGUUUGCUGCAUUUGGGCUCGCGGCGUUUGUGAUGCCCAUAGGGCACGGGAUGGUGGUAGCGGCAGCGGCAGCGGCGGACAGCGGUGGUGACGGGGCACGGGAGGUGUGGGAUAGGGUUGGUGGGUGGUGGGUUUUGGGGACGGCUGGGUGGAAUUGUGUUGCUGUUUUUGUGUACUGGGCCAAGUUCCCGGAGAGGUGGUUCCCGAGGACGUUUGAUUUGCUUGGGGCCAGUCAUCAGUUGAUGCAUAUCUUCGUUUUGGCUGCUGCUCUUUCGCCCGUCGCGCGGACGGUCACGGCGGCGGUGCAGCCUGCCGUCAUGACGCAGCUCGCGUCGCGGAGGGAGACGUGGGAGGGGACGGGGACGGCGUAGCGGGCGGGCAGGAGGACGUGUUCUGCCAGGGCGCCGGUGCCGGUUGGCCAGGCGUAGGAUAUGGGGAGGAAGGCUGCGACGCGGUCGCCUUGUGUGAAGGAGCGGGAGGUGCUUUUGUUGACUGCUGCGGUUGUGCUGGGUUCGGCGUUGAGAGCCGAUGAGGUAUCCAUAUUUAAACCGGACCCGGAUCCGGAGUCGGGGCUCCACACAUCCGUUACGGUCCCGCUUAGGUCCCAAUCCGGCACCGCCGUCUUUGCGCGCACGGCGCCGGGUAGCUUGGUGAUGUAGAGGUGCCCGCCCGGGUUCAGGGCCGCGUGUGCGACUUUUACGAGGAGCCAUUGGUUGCCGUCGGCGGCGCCGGGGACGGGUUUGGCUUUUGCGAGGAGUUGGGCGGUUGGUGGGAGGGUUGGGGCUGGUCUGGAGACGAGGGAGAGGACGGAGCGGGGGGUGCCGCGGUUGGUGAAUGUCCAGGCGCGUGAUGAGGCCAUGUUUCUUUCAACUAGGUAGCUGAGACUCAAUUCUUGUUUGGGUGGACGAGAGCUUGGUGGAUAGAGAUUUUGGUGGUAUUUGGUCUUGUCAGGAGUCUAGAGAGAAUGCGUUAUAGAGAGGAGCAGGAAAGGAAGAUGAUGCUCAAUUAAAAAUGUUACAUGUUUGGAGGUCCUCCUCUUGCAGUACUCCAGUGAGUUCUUAUAC